GAAUCUUUGGCUGUCGACACGGUACAAGUAUUUGCGCGUUUCCGCCACUCUACAGUCCUUUGUAAUAAUGUCGUCUGAGCAUGAAGAUAGACCCAGAGAUAAUGGCCCUGAGGGGAUGGAGCCAGAUGGAGUCAUUGAGAGCAACUGGAAGGAGAUUGUUGAUAGUUUUGAUGAAAUGAACCUACGAGAGGCUCUUCUUAGAGGAAUCUAUGCUUAUGGUUUUGAGAAACCUUCGGCUAUUCAGCAGAGGGCAAUUCUCCCUUGUAUCAAGGGGUAUGAUGUCAUCGCACAGGCUCAGUCUGGCACAGGAAAGACUGCUACCUUUGCCAUCUCCAUCCUGCAGCAGGUUGAUGUUGAGCUGAAGGCUACGCAAGCUAUGGUGCUGGCUCCUACCAGAGAGCUGGCCCAACAGAUUCAAAAGGUGGUCCUGGCUCUUGGAGACUACAUGGGUGCUACCUGCCAUGCCUGCAUUGGUGGCACCAAUGUCCGCAAUGAUGUUCAAAAGCUUCAGGCAGAUGUUCCCCAUAUAGUGGUUGGGACACCUGGUCGUGUUUUUGACAUGCUCAACCGCAGAUAUCUCUCUCCUAAAUAUAUAAAGCAGUUUGCGCUGGAUGAGGCAGAUGAAAUGUUAAGUCGUGGUUUCAAGGACCAAAUCUAUGAGAUCUUUCAGAAGUUGGCCACAGAUACUCAGGUGAUUCUGUUGUCUGCCACAAUGCCUCAGGAGGUGCUGGAGGUGACUACAAAGUUCAUGAGGGAUCCUAUACGUAUCCUGGUCAAGAAAGAAGAACUGACUCUCGAGGGUAUCCGGCAGUUCUACAUUAAUGUUGAGAAAGAGGAGUGGAAGUUGGACACCCUUUGUGAUCUCUACGAAACACUGACCAUCACUCAGGCGGUGAUCUUUAUCAACACUCGCCGGAAGGUGGAUUGGUUGACUGAGAAAAUGCAUGCGAGGGACUUCACAGUUUCUGCACUGCAUGGUGACAUGGAACAAAAGGAGAGGGACAUCAUUAUGAAAGAGUUCCGAUCUGGUUCCAGCAGAGUCCUCAUCACUACUGACUUGCUGGCAAGAGGCAUUGACGUGCAGCAGGUUUCCCUGGUCAUCAACUAUGAUCUUCCAACCAACAGGGAGAACUAUAUCCAUCGAAUUGGACGUGGUGGUCGUUUUGGCAGAAAGGGCGUUGCUAUCAACAUGAUCACCGAAGAUGACAAGCGUACGCUUCGAGACAUUGAGACCUUCUACAAUACUACUGUGGAGGAAAUGCCCUUGAACGUUGCAGAUCUGAUCUAAGACCACUGCCUCAUCCUUUCCUCCCCUUCGAUUCCUAUUUGUUUUCCUUUAAGACUCUCAUUCCAACCCACACCCCUUUUUCAUGUAACCCCACCCCCUCACAAAUCAAGUACUGUCACUUUUGAAGGCAAGAUAUUCUUCUAUGAAUCUUGUGUAACAUGUUGGCUUUGUCAGUGAAUACUUCAUUUUAAGAUCUGAGUUCACAGGAUUACUCUUGUAUGGCCCAUUUAAAUCUUGCCCAGUUCUCUGAAUGGUGCCAUCUACUAGUCAAGAGGAAGCAUUACAGGGCUUAUUUGCAUGUAUAGUGUAAAUGUUAAUGGACUGUCUGUCGAAGUGGAUUAGAUAUGCCCUGCUUCUCUUGAGAGUGUUGGUCUAACCAUAUUUGAGAUGUGACUGUUUACAUUGGAAUAAAUAAUAAAUAAAUAAAAACAGUUGGGGCAAGGCAUGUAAAUUACAGAAUGAUUUCAUUGUUUUACAUGGGGGACUUGGACUUCGGCUACAGAUGGCAAGUCACUGCCAUUAUUUGACAGAAGUAUGAGUAGAGUUCUACACGAUCUGCUUGAGCAGCAACAUGCUUCCGCUCAGAAUGUUUGAGGGACACAAACCCGAUUGUAGACUUGCAGAAUGUGGUCAAAGUCAAUUUCUCCCACUGUCCAAUUAUUUUGUUACAUCUCUUGUAUUGUUCUGUGUGUGUGCGUGUGUGUUCGCUUGUAGCUUUUUGAUUUUUCUAAAUAUGCUUUACUCUAGUGGGGCAGGUGGCAUUAGAAAUGGAUUUUGGAUGGCUGGUAACAGCCCACCAUUGUGUUGGCUCAGAUGUUCUCUGCAUCAAAGUCCUUGAUGUAUUGUGGAGUGAUGCUCCUAAAACCUACCUCACCAAAAUGUGUUGGAGAGGUCUAGAUAUGUAAAGGACCAAACUGCAGUAGUAGAGUAUAUAGAAAUAAUUAUCUUUUUUUUUUUUUUUUUUUGUAUUGUUCAAAAAUGUCUGUCUUUUGGGUGGGUUUGGAAGUGGGGUUUGCAGUCAGUGCUAUUUUUUUUAAACAAAUUUAUUACAAAUGUGAUUAACCUUUUUGAGACAGAAGCCAUGUAUUAAAUCUUUUCUACAUUGGACUCUGUAUAGUAUUUAUUUUAAUGGUUUGAAAUAAAGGUAUUUCCCAUUUUUAACAUGCUAAACUGCUUAGUGGUUUGUGUUAAGCUUCCAAGAAAUAAACUUCUAUUACAGUAUAAAGAUGUGGAAAAUUAGGAAAUCGAAGUCUGUUCAUGGUUUUGUGGCCGCCUUAAGCUUGUUUUUCUCUGGUUCUGUUUAAAGCUUAAUGUGUAAAUGCCUUUGCCAUUUUGUUUCUUUAUCCAAAUUGAAUUGUGUAUCUUUGACUCUGGAUGUUUGAUCUGUUUUUAGGGUUUGAUGGUAGACAAGAUAAAUGUUUCAGUCAGCCUAACAUAUCUACACUAAAGACUGAAGAGCCAUCAUGCCUGUUGUCCUGUAAUGAAAAAGCAGAUACUUUGUUUUGAUGCUUUCAUAAAUUUUGCCUUCCUCUGGCCUUGCAGUCAUUCUGGCAAAAAUCUGAUUUAAAUAAAACAAUUAGAGAAUGUAAUGUGUACAUUAAUAAGAGCUAAAUAGAAUUGAAGUUACAAGGGUUUGAGCGUUUAAGAGAAAUCCAGUUCCUUUUGUUUACUGUGUUAAUGUACCAUUCUAAAAGCUGUCCAGUUGCUUAUAGAAUGAGUUGCAUGUUUUAAUUUUUUCAUGAAUAUAACAUUUUGAUUAUUAGUAAAUAAAUAGUAAAUGUGUUUAA